AUGCCAAACAGCACCGGCUUCUCGAGACGCUCAGUUACGGCACGGAGGGAGGUGAGACGUCGAGUCGCCGAUGGAAGCGAGCGCUUCUUGACCGGAGUGUCGGGCAUUGCUGGCGAAAGGGCGACGUCUGCCGACAGACGAGGUUGGGACUCCGACGCCGAUGCCUUGGUCGCAAUUCUCAACCCCUGCCUGUUUGGCGCGUCGGGUCCUCCUCCUGUGGAAGCUGGGCUUGCUGGGCUUGCUGGCGCUUGGCAAGCUGCAGCUGUGCAGUGGGGGCAGCGACAGGGCAGCGACAGGAACGCACGCGUGCAGAAGUGCAUCGCCGCCAUGCAUUGUUCCUCUGCCGUGGAAUUCGAAGAGCGAGCAGCCGAGGCGUCAGAAUUGCUUGGAUCGGCGGAUCUGCGACAGAAGAGCGACGCACCGCCUUCAACGCCAGGAAUGGGCAGCAGCCGACUCAACCAGCCUCGGAGUCGCGCGUCGGAUCUUGUUGGUCUCAAAACAUCUGCCGCGCUCCUCAGCCCACCAGCACUGGCUGCGACCGAAUGCCCGCCUGCCUUCUUCAUUUUUUUGCGGCGUCACACCAGCACCACCCCUAUCCCGCCGCCCUCGAGCGCACAGCAGCGUGAUCAGCCUGAGACGGAGUUGCUGCGAUGUGCGCCCCGCAGCCCUCUUGACGAGAAUUCGAAUCCCGUUGCUUUUGCAUUCCUCACCAACACCACCAUGAAGUUCUUCUCUGCUGCUGCCCUUGCCCCUUGGGCCCUGUUCGCGCUGGCUAGCGUCGAGUCGGCAUCGGCCGUUCCCGGUAUGGUCAAGCGUCAGUCGAGCUCGUCGUCGUCGUCUUCGUCGUCGUCGUCGUCGGCAGCCUCGGCGGUCUCGCCGCUCACGCCUGGCCUCACCAACGAGGGAUCUCCGCUGCUCAUCCAGUGGGACACCACCACCAACCAGGCUUGGAAGAGCAUGGAGAUCAAGUUCAUGACCGGCUCCAACCAGAACAUGACCGAGCUCUACACGGUCGCCACCGACGUCGACGGCACCUCGGCUGGUGCAGGCAAGCUGCUCUGGACCGCGCCCAACGUCGAGCCCAACUCGGGCAUCUACUUUUUCCAGUUCACCCACGACGGCGAGGACCCGACCUGGACCACUCGAUUCGCCAUCGCCGACACCACGGGUGCCGUGACCACGCCGCCCAACGCCAGGCAGCCCGAGGGCCAAGCGAUCCCCUGGGGCGUGGGCAGGAUCGUCUCUGCCGCUUCCGCCGCUUCGUCUUCGUCUCCGUCGUCUGCUUCUGCUUCGGGAAGCGCGGCUGCCAACACGGCUUCGGCUUCGUCGGCCCCUACCUCGUCCUCGUCCUCGGCCAGCGCAGGCUCUUCGACUUCGGCCAGCGCAUCCAGCACCAGCUCCAUUUCCAACUCGGCACAGACGGGCAACUCGUCCGGCUCCAACACCAGCUCCCAGACCACCUCGGGCUCCACCUCGACCCGCGUGGGCUCGGCUGCCGUGGUGGGCUGUGCGGUCGCCGCCGUGGCGGGAAGCCUUCUCUUCUAG